CAUCCAGCAGGGGAGGGGUUAGAGCUGGAGGUGCUGAGCUGGAGGGGCGGCGGUGUCUGGAGUGAGCGAGGCUGAACUACGCGGAUAGACAGUCCGAGGUCUUUGGGCUACAGAAACUCAGCCUGUGAGGCCCGCCUUGUCCAGGCCCUGGCCCCUCCCAGUUCCCCUAGUUCCCCCAGCGACAGCUGCUUCCUGGACCCAUCGCAACCAUGGCUGAAGAGCAACCGCAGGUCGAAUUGUUUGUGAAGGCUGGCAGUGAUGGGGCAAAGAUUGGGAACUGCCCCUUCUCUCAGAGACUGUUCAUGGUGCUCUGGCUCAAGGGAGUCACCUUCAAUGUCACCACUGUUGACACCAAAAGGCGAACUGAGACGGUACAGAAGUUGUGCCCUGGAGGGCAGCUCCCAUUCCUGCUGUACAGCAAUGAAGUACACACAGAUACCAACAAGAUUGAGGAAUUUCUGGAGGCAGUGCUAUGCCCACCCAGGUACCCCAAGCUGGCAGCUCUGAACCCUGAAUCCAACACAGCUGGACUGGAUAUAUUUGCCAAAUUUUCUGCCUACAUCAAGAAUUCAAACCCAGCACUCAAUGAUAAUCUGGAGAAGGGACUUCUGAAAGCCUUGAAGAUUUUAGAUAAUUACUUGACAUCCCCUCUCCCAGAUGAAGUGGAUGAGACCAGUGCUGAGGAUGAGGGCAUCUCUCAGAGAAAGUUUCUGGAUGGCAAUGAGCUCACUUUAGCUGACUGCAACCUGUUGCCAAAACUUCACAUAGUCCAGGUGGUAUGUAAAAAGUACAGGGGAUUCUCCAUCCCAGAGGCCUUCCGCGGAGUGCAUAGGUACUUGCGCAAUGCCUAUGCUAGAGAAGAGUUUGCCUCCACCUGUCCAGAUGAUGAGGAAAUUGAGCUGGCCUAUGAGCAAGUGGCGAAAGCCCUCAAAUAAGCUCUCCCUGGAGCUCCAUGCCCCCUCUGUUUUCUCCACAAAGGCCUUUGGGGAUUUCCACACACACCAGCUACUCAAUGGACACACUUCAGAAUGACGGGUGGGCUGAGAAUCCUGGAGCACUUCUGCAAGGCUGGUCGCCAGGGAUUAGGAGAAAGGAUGGGGUUCUGGGUGAGAUUUUUAUUGUGGGGUGGGAGGGUAGGACAGUGUAUUUCAGUAAUAAAAUAUAGAAGGAAAAUCUA